AUGGCAACUGGAGACAAGCAGAAAGAAUUUCUCGAGCGCAUCCCCGAGGAAUGGAGGGCAAUAACAGUGAGACAGCUGCAGGGGGUUCGGAAGGACAUCAUCAGACGCUGCCCUUCGCACAUUGCCAUGGGAGGCUUGAGCCAAAGUCGGUUUCACAACCGAGCGAGGGUCAGCCAGGAGGCUACGGGUGCCUUGGGCGCCUUCUUACCAGACUCCGACAGCGCCGAGGAGCAGGUCCACGUGAAAGUAGAAAAAGGAGCCUUCCAAGAAGGCCACGCCGUUCACAUCUCCGGCAAGGACUGUGGCGUGGCUACGUCCAUCACGUGGUGUUCGGACAACUGGACCUCCGUCCGAGAUUGGCAGACGCCCUUAACUCCAGAGGAUGUUACCCUCUACGACUUCAACUACUACCGGCUCUCACCAUCCACUGUGCCCAUGGGCAUCCUUAUUGUAGGACUGACGGCGUCUGCUUGCGGCAGUGACGAUGUCUGCCUUCAAGAGAGCACCCGAGCGAAAGGCCGCGUUUCCUCCGUUGCAGACGAAGAGGUGAGGAUUUUGGUGGACCGGGGCCGAUUCGAAGUAGGUGCGCCGAUCACCGUCGCUGGCAAAGUUGUGGGUGCUCCAGAUGCCUUCCUUUGGAACGACGAGGUACGGCAUUGCAGCUAUGUCGAGCUUCUGACCAAGAAGCCGCAGAAGCCAAAGUAUUUCGUCUCCCAUUGGUGGGGGGAGGGUGUCUUGGACUUUGUGGCUUGCCUGGAGCAGCAUGCGAACAUUCAUUCUUUGGGCUUGGAUGCCCCAUAUUGGGUUUGUGCCUAUGCCAACGACCAACAUGAGCUUGCGUCGGCUUUGGGUACAGACCCGAAAGCUAGCUCCUUCUUCCGCGCGCUGGUGGGUGAGGAGUGCAGGGGCGUGCUGCUGAUACUGAACCGACCCAGGUCUGACGACAUUCCCGCAGGCGUGCCUUUCACGAGGAUCUGGUGUGUGUUUGAGCAGUUUGUGGCUCUGACUUCCGAGUAUUCUCCCAAUCUUUCCUUGGAUAUCUGCUCUUGGGACGGCAAGGCCGCUCAACUUUUGGUACAGGGCCUCACAGAAGCAGAAGCCAAGGAGGAGAACUUUCUGCCAGGGAAGGGCUAUGGCAGGAAGCAGUCGAGAGAGGAGCACUUCCCUCUG